AUGCCGAGCGGGCGAAGCCUGGGAGAGAGUCAAGGCUCCGCCGACCUCGUUGAAGCGGGGAUCGGGCGGGCCGGCGCUGCUGAACUGGUGCCGGGGACAAAUACGGAAAGCAUGGGUACACGUGAUGUGCGUGAUGUGAGUGUUGCCUCCCCGCCAGAAGGCACGGCUGCGGACGCUGUGAGUGUGCCUGAGCCUGUGGUGGAGGGAAGGUUGCAGGAGAGUGGCAGUGCCGACGGCGGCGGCGGCUCAGCGUUGCUACGCCCAUCGUUGCUUGUUCUUCUGCUUGGGGCGCUGACCUGUCUGGCUGUGUGCUGA